CAUUUUGGUAACCUCAUGUAGUUCCGACCCAGAACCCAUGAUGACGUUGACAUCAGUCAAUCCUUGUGAGUCUAAGUCAAAUUUAAUCCAGAUUUUUUUACACUACCAAGUAUAAUUAGCGCAGUGCGUAUUUGCUUAUCCAAUAAAAUAAUUACAGCUCUACAAAGUAGUUCGAUUAAUCUUCUGGUAAUUCCAAAUAAUUUUCAUCGCCAAAUGAUAAAAGCUUUGAAAAAUAAUCUGAUACCAAUCAUCAGUCUCAACAGUCACAGCAACGUACGUCAACGAUAAUGAUGUUGAGUAACAUUGCAUGAACUUAUGGUCGCCAAUUAUACUGAUGACAUUCCGAGUCAACGUAUUCUGCAUUUGACUGAAAAAUGAAGAAUAAGUUUCAUCAUCCAAGGAAUAUCUGGGUCAAAUGUCAACUGCAACUUUCAAAAUAUACCGUUUUUCAAAUAAGCGAUUGGAGUGACGAACGGUAAAACGCUUUGGGCAUAAGUCAUGAAUACGUGCCACGUUCCUGUUGGACAAGAAGGUUGCUGGGACAGAAAAAGGAAAUAAAAACCCAAACUAAGCACAUUCUUCAUAGCGGGAUAUUUCAUCCGCUGUUAAGAGAAUGGCAGUCACCGAAUGUAGAAAUUACUUCAAAAAACUUGAUGUAUCCGAUUUUUGUAUUAGACGAUGCAGAUGCCAAGGAUCCAAUCGCGAGCAUGCCUGGGAUCUAUCGAUAUGGAAUAAAUAGCCUAAAGCCAAUGCUGGAACCAUUGAUAGCCAAGGGCUUACAAUCUGUUUUAUUAUUUGGUGUUCCAAACCACUUGGCUAAGGACAAAGUUGGUACAAAUGCCGACUCUAGUAGAAAUCCAGUUAUUCAAGCUCUGAAGCUGCUUCGGGUAUGGUUUCCUAACUUAUUGAUUGCUUGUGACGUCUGUCUCUGUCCCUACACUGAUCAUGGACAUUGUGGAAUCUUGCGCCCCAAUGGGCACAUUGACAAUGAAGCUUCCAUUAAACGUAUCAGUGAAAUCGCAGUGAAGUAUGCUCAGGCUGGUGCUCAGAUGAUAGCACCUUCAGAUAUGAUGGAUGGUAGGAUUGGAGCAAUAAAGAAAGCAUUGGAAGCUGCUAAUAUGUCCAACCAAGUUGCAGUUUUGUCGUAUGCAGUAAAAUUUGCAUCUGGCCUUUAUGGACCUUUCAGAGAUGCUUCAAAGUCUGCUCCUCAAUUUGGGGAUAGAAAAUGUUACCAGCUUCCACCGGGCAGUAACGGCCUGGCAACACGAGCAGCGGCCAGAGACAUAGCUGAGGGGGCUGAUAUGCUAAUGGUGAAACCAGGCUUAGCGUAUUUGGACGUGGUUCGGCACACCAAAGAUACACAUCCAGAAUAUCCGUUAUUUGUUUAUCAAGUGUCUGGUGAAUACGCAAUGCUCUAUCAUGGAGCCAAAAAUGGAGCGAUCAAUUUAGAAAUCGUACUGGAUGAAGUAUUAUUGUCAAUGAGAAGAGCAGGUGCUGAUUGUAUCAUAACUUAUUUUACGCCUCUCAUAUUAGAUAUGCUCCAUCCGAAGAGUAAAUAUUAACCAAUUUCCAUUGCAGUUUAAUUUAUGGUCAAUGUGUGUGAAAAAUAUAAAUUAUAUUGCAUUCUGUGUACACGUUUAUGUGUGUGUCGAGUAUGAUUUAUUGCAAUUGACAGUCAGAUAAUUGCUAUUAUUCAACAAUUAAUGAAAUAAAAGUUGUAUGGGCAAGGUUGUUGUUAAAAUAAAAAUAUAAAAUAUAUAUGCAUAACAUUGUACAUACCAAGGACCUUGUGCAAUAAAUGUCAACUAUAUCGUUUGUACUUAACACAAA